AUGACUGCCCUCUCCCUCAUGGCAGUGCCCGUCCUGUUGGAAACGACAUCUCUCCCGGCGCAACUGCUGCACCAGUGGGUGACCAUGUACGCUUACGGCCAUCGCGUGCUGCCAGGUCUCGCGAUCGUCACCUGCCUGAUCUAUCUCGGCGUCGCGUUCACCCGACGAACAAGGAACGACGCCUGGGUUCGAUAUGGUCUGGCGGGGAUCGUGACUGUCAACAUCGUGCCAUUCACUCUGAUCUUCAUGGUCUCGACGAACAAUACGCUGUUCGGGCUGGAGAGGGAUGCGAGGGUGGCGGGGCUGGUUACCACCGAUAUCGAGACCGGAAAGGAGCUUGUCACUCGGUGGAGUCGAUUGCAUCUUAUGCGCUCGAUGCUGCCUUUGGUCGGGACGGUGAUUGGGGUCACUGCCGUGGUGGAUGAGGUUAAGAUGUAA